CACCUUACCUGCAUCCACGACUAGCGCAUCAAAGACAAGAUGGCCAAGAUUAAAAGGAAAGGAGAGUCUGGCGCUGCCAAGAACUUCAUCUCGCGCAAUAUGGCAUUGAAAAAAUUACAAGUGACCUUGGCCGAUUUUCGAAGACUGUGCAUCUUGAAAGGUAUUUACCCACGGGAGCCAAGGCACAAGAAACGCGCCAACAAGGGAAGUACGGCGCCGACCACAUUCUACUACACAAAGGAUAUCUCGUAUCUGCUGCACGAGCCAGUCUUGAACAAAUUCCGAGAGCACAAAAUCUUUGCGCGCAAGUUAUCUAAAGCCAUCGGGAAACAACAGUAUGGUACGGCAAAGCGUCUGGAGCAGUCGAAACCCACCUACACCCUUGAUCACAUCAUCAAGGAGAGAUAUCCGACGUUCAUCGACGCAUUGCGAGAUUUGGACGAUGGGCUGUCGAUGCUGUUUCUCUUUGCCUCUAUGCCGAGCUCGGAUCAGGUCAAUGCAACAGUGAUUGAGAACUGUGACCGUCUCUGUCGCGAGUUUGAGGCAUAUGUUGUUCGCGCAAAGGCUUUGCGCAAGGUCUUCCUGUCCAUCAAAGGAAUCUACUAUCAGGCAGAAAUCAAGGGCCAGGACAUAACCUGGCUCGUACCAUUCAAGUUCAGCCAGCACGUCCCGACCGACGUUGACUUCCGCAUCAUGCUCACAUUCUUGGAAUUCUAUCAAACUUUUGUUGGCUUUGUCAAUUAUCGACUGUUCACGGAGCUCGGUCUGGUUUAUCCUCCACGUCUCAAUAUGGACAAGGAGAACAGCGCAGGUGGUUUAGCAGCGCUCGAGCUGGAGCAAAUUGGUCUUGCCUCUCAAGACGAUGCUACAUCACCUGCACCGAAAGUCGCUGGCGAUCGCUUGACGACGCUUAACAUCAAAUCUAUCGCAAGCAAACAAGCGGCAGACACGGAGCCUAUGGAUGGUGUUAUGAACGACGCGCGUGACUUGGCAAACGUCAAUGAUGCCGAUAUUGAUGAUUUUGCAGCAACGACAGGGGUCACAUCGGACUUGCCCAAUGCCCAGCCUACACUCAGUGCGUCGACCAAUCUAUUCUCAGAUUUCACAUUCUUUUUGGCCCGUGAGGUGCCUCGUUACUCUCUCGAAUUCGUCAUCAAGGCGUUUGGCGGGAAAGUCGCUUGGGACCCAAUUCUUGGCGCUGGUUCGCCACUCCAGGAAGCAGAUAGCACCAUCACACAUCACGUCUGCGAUCGACCGAAGCAGGAACGCAAAUAUCAAGGCAGGAGUUAUGUCCAGCCGCAAUGGAUCUACGAUUGCAUCAACCGCGCUCAACUGCAAAGCGUGGACGCUUACAGCCCAGGAGCUGUUCUUCCGCCUCACUUGAGUCCGUUCGCCAAGCUGGAUGAAAAGGCUUACAACCCCGAAGAAGCUCUCGACGAGAACGCCCUGGCCGACGAGGAGACGUUGGAGGACGAUCCUGAUGCAGACCAAGAAGAAACGCCAGAAGUUGCCGAGCUGGACGCUGUGGACGCCCAACGCGAGCUCGAAGCAGAAGCCGCUGGUGUCAGCUACUCAGAUUUCAACAAGACGAAUCCACCAAAGACGACGAAGAAGGCCGCUUUAACACCUGCCGAAAAGAGCGAUCUGGAGGGUAAGGAAUUGGCUCGUAUGAUGAUGUCGAACAAGCAAAAGAAGCUAUAUGCCAAGAUGAAGUAUUCCAACGAAAAGAAGGAGCAAGAGGUCAACACAUUGCGAAGGAAACGACAGGACAUUGCUCGUGAGGCCCGGUCAAAGAAACCUAAGCAAGCUUGAAAUUUUUGGGUAUGCACACAUAGCACCCGUCAGGACAAUGUAGCAAGCCUAGUUCACCUCAUUUCUAAAAUAGCAUGUACAGGUCCUCCUUGCUCUCUUCCGGGUCCGUGGCAAAGCCAAGUGAGUGUAGCGUUUUCCGCUUGCCCUUUUCGAUCUGCUGUCUGCUCUUGAGUUGCACUUUCAAGCGGCUCUCGGCUUCGUCCCUGGAUAUCCUUAUUUGUUUGAUGUUAUCCUCUUCGUCAAUGUCCUUGCGUUAGUGUGGCAAUGUAUUCAGGCGUCGCGUACAAUCUCGCCCAUAAGUACGACAUUCUCGCCGCGGACAAGAUAGACGCCCUUUGGGAUAUCCGCGAAGCAGUCCUCUACGUAAAUUCGUUCAAAGGAAUCUUGUAACACCAAGUUACCAUAUCUGAGAGCGUCAGUAGCGCUACUGA